GCCCGGCUACCGUGCAGACGUCGGCGGAGCGCUGGUCUCCUUGGUCUCGUCGCUGCGUGGUCCUUUCUGCUCUGGCUUCGGUCACCGCGCCCUCCCAGUCCUGUGCGCCUCCCCAGCCGGCACGACUGGACUUUAGUUAGCCCCGCGCCCCACCCCCGCCUCUAGUCCCUCUUGGAACCCCCGUGGGGUAAACCACUGCGCGGGAGUGUCCGGAAAGGGGCGCCUGCCCUCAGCAUCCCCUAGAAGGAAGAGUGUUUGUGGAGGUUGUCCCUGUGAGGACGGCCCAAAACGUGCGGACUUGUACGGAAAAUGCCGCUUUAAAUGCCUUUUUAGUGUAUUUAGACCCCUGCAUCAGGGCCCAUAGUAGUCGCCGGUGCCGGUCAGGGGUGAGUGAACGUGAAGACUCAGAACCCGCUGAUUGCAUCAGUGGCUGCACCUCGCAGGUGUUUGGGUUUAUAAUCUCAGAGCUGAGGGAACACAUGAGUCAUUUGCAGAACUUGCUGUUAGAUACCCUCCUGGGAACAAAGCAUGUGGACAGUGCAGCACUCAUCAAACUCCAGGAGCGAAGCUUGUGUGUGGCAUCGCCAGGAUUUAGUGUAAUGCCUGGUGAUGUCCGAACACUUGUGAAUGGAUUCGCCAAGAACCCUUUACAAACCAGAAGAGAAGGAUUGUAUUUCAAGGAAAAGGAUUACAAAUGUAUCCGGGCAGAUGACUAUUCUCUUUAUGCUAAGAAUGAAAAAACUGGUGUGGUGGUUGUGAAGACCCAUCUAUAUCUUCUGGUGGCAACUUACACCGAAGGCAUGUAUCCUAGUGUUUGUGUGGAAGCCACAGAGAAGCUAGGGAGAAUAUCUAAGAAGAAAAGGAAAUUAAGUCAUCAGAGGACUAUGAAAGACAGCUUUUAUUAUUUUAGGGAAUAGAUCCUGAAGAAAAAGUAAUGCCUUAGUUUGUGGUUGAAACACUAGGAAAAAGAUACUGAAAGGGAAGAAUGAGUUAAGGGAGCAAUUUUUCUUAUUUCAAGAGAUCCUCUUCUUUAAUUGGAAUUCUUCAAUAAGCUUUACAUGUUUUUUGCUCUUUGUUUUUAAGUGUUGGUCAUUGGCUUGAGUGUGAGAACCCUGAUAGCUGCCUGGGGCAUAUAUUUUGAGAGAUUCCUCCAUGAGUGUUUUGUACUCCCAUAUGUCUUGCUGGGUAUGCCAAGAAUGUAAGGGCCCAACCACUGUUCAUCCAAGCCAUUUCUCAGGGCAAUGUUUCAGGAAGCAACCUUGAACAAUGAAGUAAUGCCUCACUUCAGAACAAAGAGCAGACUAUCUUACUGCUUGCUAUAAAAGAGUUAAGCUCCCUGAACUCAGUGGUCCCAUCCUGCAAUGCAGCUUACUACGAGUGUGACAUCCAUCUGGUCCACCCCUGUGGGACUUUUGGAGGAGGGCAACACAAAGGCCACACUUUGGGCCACUAGUCAGAGAAUUUGGUGGACAUUCCACACUCCCUACUAUCUGAGGGCAUCUAAUUUUUGUUGACCUUUGGAAAGGCCUUUCAAAAGUCAAAAGAGUUUUUUAGGAAUCAACUCAAAAAUAUUUUUAACUCUAUCUCCCUGCUACUUUACAUUACUUAGUGUGAUUAAUGAAUGCACUCUUCUCCAGAAAGGGUUCAUCUCCUUUCCUGGUCAGGACAAUAAGGGUGGAGAGUUAUAGGACCUGUUUUGAAAAUUCAGGAUUCUACCCUCACCAUUUCUGAGCAUGAUGGAUCUUUCUUUCCCCUAAUAGCAACUCCAGACCAGUCUGGUUGGUGCAGUUUCAGGUGUCCCUGAGAAGGUAACACCUUACACCACUGGCAUCAGGUCCUAGACCUCUUAUAGUUCUUGGUCUUAUCAAGCAGCAAGGUACAAUUUUCUGAAUUCCAAAAACAUGCCACCUGGGGCUUUCCAUGUAGAUCUAUGUAUAGAUUUUAACAUCAGUCUUCAUGCCAAUGACUUCUCUUUAUAAAUCAGUACACUGACAUCUAGAUUUUAUAACUUAAGUCAUGUGGAUUAUAUACCCCCUCCACAUGCUGUCAAGCUGGGGUUUUGAGCCUGCAAGGCAAAAGGUCUGACUCUGGACCACAGUGAUCUCUAAAGUGGUAAAGGCCAUCAUGAAGCCUCUUGCCUGCUCACCAGCUGAUCAGCCAGCCUUUCCUGGACACACACCCAUGGCACUGCUGGGUGCCUAGUAGGGGCCCUUUCUGUAAACCUCCUCAAGGCAACUGCCUCACUGUCUGGAGCCCUCCUAUGCAGAUCUGUCCAGUUAUUUCCUGUAAUUCUCAUUACAAAACUGUGUCCAGCUAUUCAGAGAGACCCACAAAAGUGACUCUUUGAUGGUAGGCACCUACCUAGUAGCUACCGAGGAACCCGGGGACUAGAUGAUCUUCUGAAACAUCAGGGGUUUCCAAACUAGAGAUUUGUGUCCUGGAGGUCCACAAAGACUUUAGAAGGGGGGGAGGGGGGGACAUGAAUGGAUUUAAGUAAUUAACUUUUUCCCAGAUCCUCAACUCUCAUAUGUACUUGCGUAAAACUGCUGUGACUGUCACAUCAGCUCUAGCUUCCCACCUCCCCUCCCCAAGCUCCCUUUCCAUAUGAAAGAAAGGUCUACUCUCAUCCAGCCCCAGUCUACUGUGAUGCUUGGCUUGGAGUGCAAAAAUUGCAGUGUGCCAGAGGAAAGGAAAAUUCAAAAUAUUUGUAAUAUUUUGUAUGUCUGAAAACCCAUCCUCUGGAGGCACCUGGGUGGCUCAGGUCAUGAUCCCGGGGUCCUGGGAUGGAGUCUGCAUCAGGCUCCCUGCUCAGCAGGGAGUUUACUUCUCCCUCUUUCCCUCCCCCUGCUCUCUCUCUCUCUCCCUCAAGUAAAAUAAAAAUCCAUCCCCUGUUGUCAAAUUUUACAUCAUAUAUAUGUGAAGUAGAGUUCCAUGAGAAUAAAGUAAAAAGAGCAUUAGUGAGAAAUAGUGCAAAUCUUUUUAUCAUUUGUCUAGGAGAGGAAGGCUCUAUGUCUUAUCUAUUUCUUAAAAUUCAGAAGCAAGAUGAUUGUCAUAAGACAUGUAUUAACAUGAUUACUUAAAAAAUGAGAAACCUUCUCUGAUAGAAAGUAAUUUUAUUUGGCUGAUUAUUUAACAACGAGGACUGACUUUGCCAAUAAGAACGUCACAGAUGUUUUUCAUAAUUAAGUCUACAGCUCCAAGAUGUUAAUGAAAAUAUAUUUGAAGUAUAUGAUAAGGUAGAAGGAUUUGAUUUUUUAAAUUGUCUUGGCAAAAGUAUAUUAAAAUUAACAUUUUUGCUUU